GUCAGCAGCCAUAAAAGUGUUGAUAAGUUUGUUUUUGCCACCAAUUUAGACAAAAAUAAUAAAAAUAAAAUGUCUCGCAAGGAAGCGCUCUCACAAUUUAUUAACCAAAUCCACGGUCGUCCUGUGGCAGUCAAGCUGAAUAAUGGAGUGGACUAUCGAGGUGUUCUGGCGUGUUUGGAUGGCUAUAUGAACAUUUGCCUCGAGCAGACGGAGGAAUAUGUUAAUGGACAGCUCAAGAAUAAAUAUGGCGAUGCCUUCAUCCGCGGCAACAAUGUGCUCUAUAUAUCGACGCAGAAGCGAAGGGUUUAAUAUCUAAGAUUAUACCAUAAAAUAAAUACAACAAACAAAUCACUUUCUAA